GUUUGAUUCUAUAGGUAUUUAUUUCUUGUCAAACAAAUUGAGGAAAUAUCUCCCCCUUCCCAAAUCCUGGCUGCACUCUCUACUCCCUCCGCUUUAGCUUUUUCCUCUCCAUCUCUCUCUCUCUCUCUAUCUGCAGGCUUUUCUUCCGUCUUGGAUUCAAUGGAUUUGAGAAAUCUUUCCAUGGUCGAAGUCCAAGUUUUUGUUGCAAAAAUUUUCUAGGCGCCCAGUAGCUCAUCCUAAAUCGCAGUUCAGCUCGUACGAACAACUGCUUUUCUCUUCAUCAGAUUCGGUGAAAUGCGUUACAAUAAGUGCUUCCAGAUGAGGGGCGUUUAUCUUUAAGUUUCCCAGAUUCAAAAACUGAGAAGAACCGUGAAAGUGUUAGCUACUGUCGAUUUUGAGAUAAAUGGGCAGAGGAAGAGGGAAGGGGAAGAAAAUAGCAAAUGCGUCAAGACAUGGGGACCCGGACAGUGGAGGUGAAGAACAACUUCCUUUGCAUAAGAAAAGGGGAAGGCCCCAAAAACCGUCGAAAAAUGAUGCCAACGAAAAUGGAAGUGAGAAGAAUGAAGAAGAUGGGGAUGAUUUCCUACCUCAUUUUAAAGAGGAAAACUGCACUGUUCUGGAGAAUGCGAAGAAGAGAAAGAGAUAUUUUCGGGCACAAGAAAAUUCCGAUACAGUUUUGGAAGAGAAAGAGGCCAGUAUCGGAUCAAAAGUAGAGGAUACAAAAAAGACUAAUGGCUUCAGGCAUAAUGGAAGCAGACGCAAGAGUAGACCUCACAGAGCAGCCGAAGCAGGAGUACCUGUAGCGGCUGUCUACAAGGGGUUUUAACUAUUUGCUCGCACAGAAUGUUAUUUUGAUGCUUCAGCAUUUCUUCUCUUAUGUUCGUACAUUGCUAUUUGCAUUGAGUUUUUCAGUUU